UCGACGUCAUCAUGAAUAAUAAUAAUAACAAUAGUAGUAAUAUAUCAUCUGACGAAAUUCGCCAAGUUCAUAAAUUGACUGCAAAUGAAUCUCUCUUCGAAUUAAAUAAUAUGACUGAUUUAAACAAAUCUGAUUCCUCAUGUACAUCACUAUCAUUUACAUAUUCUUCUACCGGAAUGAAGAUGUCCUCAUUCGUCAACGAACAAUUAUACUGUACACCUUCAGAAAUAAGAAGUAAAAGUUGUAUAAUGAUUCCAAGAGUCACAACAUGUACGUCUUGUUCAACAUCUUCAUCUUCGUGCUGUUAUUCGUCAUCUAUGAACUCGCUUAACAAUGCAGUAAACAGAACAUCGUUUUCUUCAGAUAUCCUUAUGAAUCCUUGUUAUGGAUUGCCUCAAAACGAAUUUUCCCAUGCGUAUCAUCAAAAUCAAACAUUUUCGCCAGCUUUCAAUAAUAAUUCCGAAACGAAUCAAAAAAUUCCACUAGAUAAUGUUCAGUGUGAUCAGUACUCCACAGACGUUCAAUAUUCAACGAAUCAGUAUCAGAAAAUAUGGGGACAGUCGAGUGAAACUCAGCAUGAACCUUCUGUCGACCGCUGUAAUCUUACUGACAGUAGUAGUUUAUCGGGUACUGAAGACCCACUGAAUAAACUGCAGGCUUGGUUGAAAAGUCCAUUUGAAGAAUGUGAUAUGAAGUGGAAUUCCCAGUUUCUAGAGAAUACAAUAAAAUUCUCAAAAGGCACAUUAUCACCAAAUUGUGAACCAAUAGUCACAACAGCAAACAAAACAGGAAGUAUGUUCAACGAAUUAUCAGCACCAUCAGCUUCCACUAUAACCGAGUGUGUUAGCUGUAAAGCUGCCAAUAACAGUGUAGAACACCUAGCUACGAAUGAAUCAAAACCGUAUCAAUAUCAUAAUAACCUUCACCACCAACUACACGACAACAUAUUCACCCAUCCAAAUGAUACGUUCACCAUGCAGAAAUUUAUGAAAUCAUCAGGUGACUACUUAAAUACAAAUGUUAGUAAACAAAAAGUAAAUGUUGAAGAAAAAGUCAAGUUAACAGAUAAGUCAGAACCACAUAAACGCUCAAUCAAAUAUAAUGGACAUAUUAAGAAGCCAUUGAAUGCAUUCAUGCUUUUUAUGAAAGAGAUGCGUGCUCAAGUUAUCGCUGAGUGUACACUAAAGGAGUCUGCGGCGAUUAAUCAGAUAUUAGGUAGAAAGUGGCAUGCAUUGACACGCGAAGCUCAGGCAAAAUAUUAUAAACUAGCAAAACAAGAAAAGGAAAUACAUCAACGUCUUUAUCCUGGUUGGUCUGCUAGAGAUAACUAUGCAACACAAGUGAGACGCCGUAGUCGGGCUACGAAACUGAGCCGUAAUAUAGUUACAACCACUCCUGUCACUGGCAACAGUAAUACUAGUGGUAGUAAUAGUAGCAGUGACAAGAUCUACGCAACACAUUCCUUUCCAGAUUCAGAAUUUUGGUAUUCCAGUAAUAAUAGGAACAACACACUCAGUCAUAACAACAGUAGCAGUAACAGCAGUAAUAGUAGUGUGUGUACACAACAAUUCCCAGAUUCACAUUUGCCGCAAACACUGAAUUCGAGUUUCACGCAAACGUAUUCAUCAUUGAGAACACAAUAUGAACUUUUCAAUACUAAUGCUCCCAUGAACAAAGUCGAUGCACCAUUAACACCGAAUUAUAAUCAACCGUAUAACUUUGAUCAGUUAACCAAAAUGUCAUUGUCAAAACCGAAUUACUGUCUGAAUUAUCGUCAACUUCUAUCAUCAAAUGCAGUUAACAAUCCAAAAGAACUAAACACAUUACAGCCAUUCACUGAAAAUCAAUAUUCUCAAGUACAAUCUUCUCAGAAAUCGAUGAAGCCCGACUAUCCCCUACAUUCAUUGUCAUAUUCAAAUUAUGAGACGACGGUAGGCCGCAUAGAUGAUAGUUCACUAAGGGAUCGAAAUGUACCGCUGAUAUACGAAAUUAAAAAUCCUGUCACACCAACAAGCUCUGUAGAAGAUCACUUAAAUCUAAGAUCUGACAUCUCUUAUCUGACAGAAAGCAGCAGCUAUACUGAAGAAGGAAAUAACGCACCACUCAAUCUAUGGCAAAAUAAUGAGUCUAUUACUCAUCAAGAUGCCAGUGAAUAUUCCUGCUAUCCCAAUUCUCAUCUAGGAUUCUACCCGUCAAAUGACUGCUCGUCGCCUAAAUUUACAGACUCCUUACAACACUGUAAUACAAAGUCUGAUGUGUUGGGAUUUGAAUCAAUGUCUGAAAUACAACAACAUAGAAAUUACUUUCGAGAUAUUUCCUACCUUCAGGGUAAUCACCAGAACACAGACUUCAUUAAAUACUUCCAAACAAAUCCUUAUAUAACAUCGGACGAUGCACAUCUUCAGUCUAGUUCGAAUGCACCUCUGUCGUCUUGUCAGGUGAAGAGCAAUGAUUCAUUUAUUUCUCCAAGUGAAUCAUCGUUUGCAAUAAAUGCCGGCCAACUAAAUUCAAAGUCUACUGAUCAUAAAUAUGCUGAACAAUAUUUCAGUAGUGGUGAGUCAAUUCACAAACAGACUACAAAGUUAUUUACACCUAAUUCAAACGAGUCUUUACUGCUUUGAAAUAGUAUAUAAUCAAUAACAGUUUAUUCUUAAUUAAUCUGUGGAC